AUGAAAGAGAUCAUUGAGACGGCGCUUCGUGCAGGCUGCAAUGUGGAUGGACCGAAGCUGAUGGACGACUUCGCUCUUAAAGCUACCCACUUCAAGCAAGGGGGCGCGUUCGAAGACGUGUUAAGAAGCCUACGACAGUUCUCGUACGUCACUUUGCAAGACACCGAAGAUGGUCUGCAUACUAUCUGGAUGCAGCAGCACUGGAUGGUCAUAUCGGAGAUCCUUCAACACGCGGCGAGCUUGCAGGAGUUCGACCUCACUCUGAGCAAUUUGAGUGCAGAGGUGCACCUCGGCUCUGCACUUGCCGACUUGUGCACAACAGUCUUCACGACAGCCGAAGUACCUUGCUUGCGCACACUAUGCCUCUGCUGGAAAACCUUUUCUGUACUAGGAGAAGGCGACGUCUGGGCCGAAUUGGUGAAGUUGCUGAGUUCGAUGCCCUGCCUGGCGAAUGUUUGUCUGAGGAACCUAUUCAAGCGGCCGAGAGGCGCGACGCCCGCACAGGUUUUAAAUGAGCUGAAGAACGUGCGAUUCAUGGUGACUGGGGAGAAGGAACGACAGCAGCUUACAGAGAUGGAACGCCGCGAGACGGUUGAUGUCCAUCCUUUCCUCGAGAGAGCCAUUGAGUGCGGGCUUCAGUACGAGAGCUGGAGGUAG